CCGACGUCUCCCGUAAAGAAAAAUUGAAGGGCUGAACGGCGGCCGUUGAUCCAAUGGCCGUUGCUCUUCCCGCCACGGUCCCUUCGCUCCGCCCGCAAUCCCAGAAGCCAGCCGAACCUCGGAGCUUCAUCACUCCCUCGAGGUCGCACUACCUCAUCUCUCUGAUAAGCUCUUGCCCGAGCAUCAGAGAGUUCGCGCCAAUCCACGCUCAGUUAAUCACCACCAACUCCAUCCGAGACCCUCUCGUCGCCCGUCGCCUUCUCGGCUUCUUCCUCUCCGUCGAUGGCCUCGGCCGCUUCCGCCGCGUCUUGAGCGGAACCCAUCAUUCGGAGACGGAGCUGUGGAAUGACUACAUUCAGAAGCAGCUCCAGGAUGAUUCGCCGGGGGAUGUGCUCGCGUCGUAUCGUCGGAUGGUUGGUGAAGGGGUGGCGUUAGACAUGUCGACUUUUCACUUCUUGAUAAGCGCUGCUUCGAGAGUUGUGGCGGUUCGAGACGUUGGCGAAGUGCAUGGGCGGGUCCUGAAAUCCGGGUUCGGGUUUAGUGAUUCUUUGAGGAAGAAUUUGAUGGGUGUGUAUGCGAAGGCUGGGAGAUUGCAGGAAGUGCGCCAACUGUUUGGGGAGUUUCCCGAAAGAGAUGUGGUAGCUUGGAAUACUAUGAUAUCUUGUUAUGUAAGAAUGGGAAUGUCCAGAGAGUCGUUGGAUUUGUUUGGGCGGUUGUUGGCGGACGGAGUCGAGCCGGAUGAGAUCACCAUGGUUAGCUUAGUUUCGGCAUGCGCGAAGAUGAGGGAUUUGGAGAUGGGCGAGAAGAUGCAUUUGUACAUCGAUGAGAAUAAUCUGGAACUCGGUGGGACUUUGUUGAAUUGUUUAGCUGAUAUGUACAUGAAGUGUGGGAAUAUGGAGAAGGCACGUGAGGUUUUGGGUGGUAGUGAAGCUGAGGAUGAUGUUGUUUCGUGGACAACUCUGUUGUGUGGAUAUGUGAAAAGCGAUCGCAUGGAUGAAGCUGAGAAGCUGUUUGACAGGAUGACAGAGAGGAAUUUGAUUUCUUGGACAACAAUGACUUCGGCCUAUGUUCGAGCCGGUCGGUACCCAGAAAGUCUCGAGUUGUUCAUUACGAUGAUGCUCGACGAUGUGAUGCCUGAUGAGGUUGCGCUUGUUACCGCUCUCACCGCUUGCGUUAAUAUGGAAGGUUUUGACAUUGGAAGAUCCAUCCACAGCUUCAUUGUGAAACGCGGAAUGACUGUCGAAGGAAUGCUCGGAAACUCUCUACUUAGCUUGUACGCCAAGUUUGGUCGGCUGGAUGAUGCCUACUCCAUUUUCCAGCGCUUGCCUUGUAGAACUGUCGUCUCCUGGAACUCGAUGUUGGAUGGGUUCUGCAGAGCUGGGGAUGUCGGUAAGGCGAGAGGUUUCUUUGACGAGAUCCCUGAGAAGGAUUUGAUUUCUUGGAACACUAUGAUCGGUUGCUAUACUAGGUCUCGCUUGGCUCAAGAGUCGUUCGAGCUGUUCCACCUGAUGCAGAGUUCAGAGGUAAAACCGGAUCAAAUCACUCUAGCCAAUAUGCUCUCUACCUGUGCUAGCGUCGGGGCACUGAGUCAUGGCACCUGGAUCCAUUUGUAUAUACAGAAGAACCAAAUUCAAUUGGAUCACAUUCUGGGAACUGCUUUGGUAGACAUGUAUGGGAAAUGUGGAAGUGUUGAGAAAGCAACAGAAUUGUUCUCGAAAAUUAAAGAUAGAACAAUGUGUCUAUGGACCGCAAUGAUAGGAGCGUACGCUUUGGAGGGACAAGCACGGAAGGCGGCGGACUUGUUCUCGAAGAUGGAAGCCACAGGAAUGAAGCCUGACCAUGUCACUUUCAUAGCUCUUCUUUCUGCUUGUAGCCAUGGAGGUUUGAUAGAUGAAGGAUACCAGUACUUCCACAAGAUGAAAAAUGAAUACAGAAUUGCCCCCGGGAUUCAGCAUUACGGAUGCAUGGUCGAUCUCCUUGGUCGUUCUGGGCACUUAAAGGAGGCUCUAGAGCUCAUUCAUUCCAUGCCGGUGGAAGCAGAUAUUGUUAUUUGGAGCUCAUUCAUGAGAGCCUGUGAAACCCAUCAAAAUGUUGAAUUAGCAGAGUAUGCACACAAGCGUCUCAUCGAGAUCAACCCUACAAACGAUGCAGCUCAUGUUCUUCUUUCGAAGAUCUAUGUGAGAGCUGGAAGGUGGGACGAUGCGAGUUUGAUCAGAACAAAGCUACACGAACUGGGGAUUCGAAAGCAUCCAGGUUGUAGCAUGAUAGAACAGAACGGCGCUGUCCAUGAAUUCAGAGCCGAGGACUUCUCAAACCCUCGAUCACCGGAAAUCUAUUCCAUGUUAGGUGAGAUCGAAGGGAGACUACAGAAAGAGCGACACGACACUUUGAGUCAUCACAGCGAGAGGUUGGCAGUGGCAUUCGGGCUGAUAAGCAGCAAGAAUAGAACUAUCCGAAUAGUUAACAACCUUCGGAUCUGUGGAGACUGUCAUUCCUUCAUGAAGUUUGUAUCGCUUUCCUACGAGAGAGAGAUUAUACUGCGGGAUAACUACAGAUUCCAUCGGUUUAAUGAUGGGCAAUGUUCUUGUAGAGAAUACUGGUGAUUUGACACACUACCUUCAAGUUAAUAUCCCUCCUUCCUGCUUGUUCUUCAGUUGCAAGAAAUUAAGCAAACAUAAUUGCUGGCAUGAUAUGUUUCCCCUGGAAGGUAAUCAAGGACAACAUCGGCCUAGACAGAAAACACCAUUGGUCUACAGAUAUUCAUCGUGAGAUGAGCUCUUGAGCAUGAACCACAUUGAGAUAUGCAAAGAAGCUCGGCUCCUUAGCCGUCUGAAAUUUCUAGCAACCGAAUGAGAUACACCCUGAAGGAGAUAUACGUAAAUUCUCAAGUCUCCUCGUGCACUUUUGACUUACCCUCACUUUCCUUUCAUUACCAACAAUAAGGUAAUUCUCACUC